AUGCUGUGUGUGAUGCAGAGGCAGGUGGACAAGGAUGGAGUUGCUGAAGCAGGAACCCCAGUGAAGAAUAUCGCGCUGACCGGAGGGGGCCACAAACAAGCGGAGGAGAAGGAUGAUAAUAUCACCGCUGAGAAUAUCGCAGAGAACUGUGCUAAGGCAUUGGCGUCGUUGAAGGGCAGAAGGGAAGUUGAACGUCUGGAGAGAGUACUGUGUUAA